GACGGGGACCCUGGAGCUCGGGGACAAGCUGCUGGCCAUCGAUAACAUCCGGGUGGAGAGUUGCUCCAUGGAGGAGGCGGUUCAGAUCCUGACGCAGUGCGAGGAGCUCGUCAAGCUGAAGAUCCGGAAAGACGAGGACAACUCCGACGAACAGGAAGUGUCCGGCAGCAUCAUCUACACGGUGGAGCUGCAGAGGUACGGAGGUCCGUUGGGAAUCACCAUCUCCGGCACCGAGGAGCCGUUCGACCCCAUCAUCAUCUCCUCGCUCACCAAGGGGGGGCUGGCCGAGAGGACGGGCGCGAUCCACGUUGGGGAUCGUAUCCUGGCGAUCAACAGCAGCAGCCUGAAGGGGAAGCCUCUGAGUGAAGCCAUCAGUCUGCUGCAGCAGGCCGGAGAGACGGUCACUCUGAAGAUCAAGAAGCAGGGCGACCUGGCGAGCCCUAAGUCCUGUUUGAUUGGUUCAGGCAUGGGGGCGGGGCUUGUGAGGGAACACCAGGACGGCGUUGACGAUCCGGUCAUUGUGGUUACGCCGCUGUCGGGUCAGCGAGCGUUCAGCACCCUGCCGUCGGUGGACAGCGCCGUGGAGUCCUGGGACGGAUCCAACGUGGACAGCUUCACCUCCCCAGCUCCUCCCUUUCAGUCGUCUCCGUACAAUUUCCACGACUGGCGCAACGCAAAGACGACAAACAGCCAAUCAUCUUCCUCCGCUCGCCAGAGAGCCAAUCAGCUGUCAGACCUCGGCCUCAGCGACGAAGAUUGGGACCGCCCACCAAUGGGAGGAGCCUAUAAUCUGCCCAGCGGUUUGAUCACUGACUGCAGGUUCAGCGUGGGUCAUGAUGGGACAGAACCGGAUCAGGAAGAGAACUUCUGGUCUCAGGCUUUAGAGGAUCUGGAGACAUGCGGACAGAGCGGCAUCCUCCGAGAGCUGGAGGCUACCAUCAUGUCCGGUUCCACGCUCAGUCUGAACCACGACCCGACCCCUCUACGCAGCACUCUGGGACGCCAGGCCAGCUUCCAGGAGCGAAGCAACUCCAAGCCAUCGGUAAACUCUCGGUCCAACACCUUGCCCUCUGACCCCACGCGCCGAGCCUUCGCCAUGAGGAAGAUGAGGCAGGAAGUCAACGAGAUCCUAAACCAAAACCCUGUGGAGCUCCACAAGCUGACUCUAGAAAAAGCCACAGAUCUGGAAGAUUUUGGGUUCAGUGUUUCUGACGGCAUGUUGGACCGCGGCGUCUACGUGAACAACAUCCGACCGGGAGGACCAGCAGAGGGCGGCGGCCUCCGAGCUUACGAUCGGAUACUACAGAUUAACCACGUUCGGACUCGGGACUUCGACUGCUGCCUCGUGGUUCCUCUGAUCGCCGAGUCUCCGAACCAUCUGGAGCUCGUCAUCAGCCGAAACCCGACUUCCUCGUCCACCACGCUGUUGACCAAUCACACUGACGGCAUCUACAACAGCGGCCACUCCCCUCAGCCAAUCGGCAGCGACCUCGGACCUUUGGAGCUCUCCAUUGGCCAGUUGGAGGACGGCGGUCCAAUCAAGUGGAGCCAACCGGGGGACAUGUUGGUGGCGGAGCUUGGGAUGGGUCAGGUCAAUAAUAAUUCCGUAUAGCAGACAAACAAUGGAUUAAAUUAACCAGAUUGGACUGGAGAGGUCAACCAAACAGCAAAAUGACUGGUUUUUACCCGUCCAAACUGGUUUAGAGUACCCUAUGGUGCUGCAAACACCCUCUGGAUGACCUUUGAACUGUUGAGGCAGCCUGAAAGCACACUGAUGGACCGGAGCAACUCCUCACCUUUUCACAAGAACCAGUUCUGCAUACUGUUCUUUAUUACUGGAGUCACUGGAGCCAGAACUAUAACUACUGAUCCUACUGGAACCACUAUGAGAGAGCUAAUGGUCUGACUGGUCCGACAUUAAUGGGUACUCGAGUCAUGGAUACUGAUUCUUCUAAAGCCAAUAGUUUUACUGGUUUUAGAUUAAUGGUUACUGGUCCAACUGAAGCCAGAGCCACAGCCAAUUAAUGGUCCUACUGGCCAAGACACAUCGGCUCUGGUCUUAUGGUGAGUUCACACCAAAUGCAGAGCUGAUGAACUUUGGGUAAACUGGCAAAAAAUGGGAAGGCAAUUGGUUUGAACUCGGCAUAAGUGGGAACAAAACCAAUCUGAAGCCAAAUUGAUUGGUCUUUUUGGUCUAGAAGACUCAGGUUCUGGUCUGAGUGGUGAAAGCAUCACGAGUACUGGUACAACUGGUCCAAGACAUGGUUUUUAUAGUCAAAGAAUCAUGUGUACCACCAAGCAAGAUCCAUGACUACUGUGUUUACAAGUCAAGAACUGGGUCUUCUGGGCCAUCUGGUCUUACUAGAAUCAGAACCAUGGCUCUAAUGGUUGUACUGGCCAAGGACCACAGCAGCACAAAGACUGAUGGGAACCAGAACCUGCUGAUGGACACACGGGUUGCCAUGUAGACGAGAGACGCUCCGAUCUAGAGCCAUGUCAUUGGGAUAAUCCAAACCAUACUGAUUACUGACUGGUUUCUGGUCUUAAAGGUUCAUUUAUGUCAACGUUAUAGAUAUACAUAUCUAUAUUUGGCUCAGUGUGUUGGGUUUAGGUGCACAAUUAAAACUAGUGAUGGUUAAAUACAAGUCUGAAAAUGGUCAAAUGCAAGUAUAAUAUUGAAAAUGUUGGUUUAAAGAUAAGGACUAAGGACUUGGAUGGUGUUAGGUGGGUUUAGGUGUAGUUCAGUUUGUUCUAAUAGGAAAAAAAACCUCUAAAAAUACCCAUUAGCUUUUAGCAUGCCACACCGAUAUAGCACCAUUCAGUCCUUAAGUAAUAUUGACAAAAAAGUCCCUACAUUCCUUAGGUUUUCAAAAAAAGGUAAACAUGAAAAUAUGAAAGGACUGAAGCUGCCAUCAUAAUAAUGUCUUAAUUAUUAAAUAAAUUAAAUUAUAAAGGAACGGGGAAAUAAGUAAAUGUAUUAUGUCGUCCAAUUAUUUAUUGCAACGGCAGCUUUAGUACCUCAUGGACCUUGAUACGAUAUUGAUUUUGGCCAAAUUAAGACUCAAUCAUGUUUUUUGCCUUAAUUAUGGACGUAUUUAAAAAAGCCCUAGUGGUCAAACAGAUAAUGAUAGCACACUUCAAUGUUUUUUAUUAUUAUUAUUCUAUUUCAAGACUAGAAUCCAGUCAGUAAUGAUCAGGUGUUUUAUAUCGGGGCGGCCCUGAUGAAAUGUACAGAAAGACACUUAAGAUUUUAGUUCUGUGCCAUGAGCUGCAGACAGUAAUAAUAAUAAUCCUGAAUAAUGACACUGAGCAGAUUAAUAAGAAACCUUUUCUACUGUUUACACCUGUUGGACUGGCCACACUGUGUGUAUGUAUGUGUGUGUGUGUGUUUGUAUGUCAUACGUGUGUGUGUGUGUGUGUGUGUGUGUGUUAAACACAAGGCCAGUUAAGCCCAGCCCUCCCUCUUCUUCCCUCGACCAAUAGGCAUCCGGGACGACAGACAGAUUCUGAGGGAUUCAGCUGAUUGGCUGGAACCAAUCAGAAAAACCUCGCUGUCUGUCUGUGAUUGGUUCUACACACAAGUGGACCAAUCAGCUACCAGGAAGAAGCCAAGCAUGCCCCCUCCCUGACUCCCCCCACCCUCUCCCCAGUAACAGUGAUCUAUUAUGCUAAUUGAUCGGUGUGUUUUUUGAUUGACUGUUGUCAGUUUUCUCUGUUUGUUUGUUUCCUUGGCGACUGAACCUGAAAAGAUGUAAAAUAGAUUUAAAAUAUGGGUUCAGUCGCCGUUGCUGUUCACAUCGAGACCAUCCAAACCCCCGAAAAACCUUCACCUCAUAUCCACGAAAACAACGACGUUACACAAGAAAAAAUAUCCUGAAGAAACAGGAAAUAUGUGACGGUAAAUACCUGUGUGUGUGUGUGUGUGUGUGUGUGUGUGUGUGUGUGUGUGUGUGUGUGUGUGUGUGUGUGUGUGUGUGUGUGUGUGUGUGUGUGUGUGUGUGUGUGUGUGUGUGUGUGUGUGUGUGUGUGUGUGUGUGUUUAUUUUCGAAUGAUGUCAACAUCUUCCUGCUCUCACCUCUUUCCUAACUAUAGAAAACUGGCCAAUCAGAACCCUCCCUCAGCACCAACCGCCAAUAGAAACCCUCGCCGAGCUUCAACAACCAAUCACACUCUGGAGGCUUAAAGCUGCCAUUUUAAUUAAAUAUAUGACUAAAUAAAUAGAUAGAUAAAUUAAAUAUAAAGGGCAAUACAAAAUGUAAAUAAGUAUAUAAAUAAAAAAAUAUAUGAAUAAUUAUAUAUGAAAAGUAUAAUUAGAAAAUAAGUAAUUUGUCUAAAAGAUAAAUACAUGAUACUUGUUUUUCUGUGCAUAUAUAUUUAAUUUCAAAUGCACAUUUAUUUGAUUAUAAGGCUUUUAUUUCCACCUUUCUUCCUUUAUUAUUAAAUUGGUCAGUUCUCCAAAGUCCUGUGUGACAAAACGGAGAGCUGUGAUUGGCUGUUUGUCUCCAUCCCAAACUUUGCCAACUUUUGAAUCGGAUGCACAGCGUAUCGUUAGCAUGUGGCUAACACCGAGCAGAGCGCUACCAUUAGCCUAACACGUGGCUGCUAAAGGGUUAGCACACACAGCACACUAGCAUUGCAAUCAAAUAAAUACAUAUGGUUAGCACAAAGCUAACUUUAAAGGGCUAACGCCAUCUAGCCAUCAUACCUAAAUGUUAGCUCAUGGCUAAUAAACCCAGUGUAUGUUCAGCCACUCAUAGCAAAAGUCUAAUACAGGGCUAACAUCUGAGUAGCAUAAUUAGGUGUAAGAAUUUGGCUAAUAUUUGUUAAGCAUGCAGCUAAAGCAGGGUAAUCAUCAGCCUAACAUUGCUAGGUCGCUAAGGCUAUCAACUGGAUAACGCACCUACUUAGUGCACAUAAAACAAGGCUAACACACAUAAACAUAGCUAAUAAAAGGUUAGCACAGAGCUAAUAUGCCUAGUAUGUAGCUAGCACAGGAGACAAGACUUAGCUACGGCAUAGAAAACAACUCUUAUUGUUAGCUAACACUUAGAUCACAUAGCUAGAUGUUAGCACCCAGAACAAGGCUAACACAGGACUAAUUGGUUUAGCUAACAGCUAACACAGGGCUACAGCUAUUAGCUAGCACAGGGCUAACACAGCUAGGUUUUAGUUAGCAUAUUGUUAGCAUUGACAAUUGUAUGGUUUACACUACACAAAACUCCUGUUGGUAUUCAGCCUUUCCAGGUGAUUAGCACGGUUAGCAUUUUAGUAUGGAAGACUACAUCUGAAUUUAAAAAACUGAAAUAAAUGUAAAGAGAUAAUUAUAUAAUAAUAAUGGUAAUUAUUUUAUACAUGAAGCUACAGAGCUGAGGGGCUUCUGGAGGGUUUGAUGAGUGAGAUGUAAAGCCAUAAACACUGUGUUUGUGCGCAUGUAUAAACUGUGUGAAAGUGUGUGUGUAUAUUACAUUGCAGGGAUUUGCACUCUAGUGAUUCACCUCAGCAAGACAUCCACCCACACACAUACAGGCACACACACAUGCAUUGCACUGCCAUUUAAAACUUGUGGGUCAGAUUAGUUUCCAUGUAGCUUCACCAACCUACCGAACUGUAUUUUUCUUUAAAGGAACAGGGAUGUUGUAAAGUAUUUUUGUACAAAUUUAAUACUUUGGUAGCAUGACGUUCCUGGUGUUUGUCCCGUCGGGCUCCACUGCUCUCUCCACCCCCCUUUGUAUGGACGACUACUGAGCAACAAUAAAGAUGAAGACCUGCUGGGA